UCUGGAACUACAGUUCCCAGAAACCAACGCGGUAUAAAAAAAGCGAGCGUGGUUUAAUUAAGCUGCUGCUUUCAGUUGGAGCACAUGAGGUUGACAAUGACACCAGACUCAGCUGCUGGAUAGCUUGCUGUCAGACAAUGUCACAGCGUGGAAUGAAGCAAAGGUCAACAUUUUCUCUUACAAGAGCAUGUAGCAUUUUAACUACCUUGUCAUCACCCUGCUAAAUGGUUCAUUCUCACCCUCUCAGUCGUCUCUGGCAUGGAGAGGCAGGAGAGUUGAGGGGAAAUUGAAAUUUUCAACCCAGACAGUUGGGUUUUUACAUUUGGUUUGUGCUUUUCAAGGAGGAAGUUUCACAUCAGAACAAGUCCUUACAUGCUGAUUUGAAAAAAAAAAGCUGACACAAUGGUGGCAGAUGACACAGCAGGAAGUGGGGACAGAUCAGAGGCGGAGAAAGACAUGGACCUGAAAGUGCUUGCAUCAGAAGACAUAGAGGGACUCGCAGACGGGGACGUAGAGAUGGCCGCCUCUGCUUCUGAGGGCCUGUCUCCCUCGGAGGGUCCCCCAGAGGAAGCCAAGGAGCCCAGGAAGUGGAAGUGGGCUGUGAUAUUCUUGUGUUUCUAUGGGUUCAUGGCGUCGAUAAAGCCUGGGGAGCCCUUCAUCACACCAUAUUUGCUCAGCCAGGACAAGAACUUCACCAGGGAACAGGUGACCAAUGAGAUCACUCCCGUGCUGACAUACUCCUACAUGGCCGUGCUGGUGCCGGCCUUCUUGCUGACCGAUCUCCUGCGUUACAAGCCGGUCCUGAUCAUCCAGGGCAUCAGUCAGGUGGUCAUCUGGCUCAUUCUGCUCCUGGGCACCACCCUUAUCGAGAUGCAGUUCAUGGAGUUCUUCUAUGGCAUCACCAUGGCGUGCCGCGUGGCCUACUCCUCCUACAUCUUCUCCCUGGUCAGCCCGGUCCUCUACCAGCGCGUGGCCGGGUACUCACGCUCCUCAGUCCUCCUGGGGGUGUUCACCAGCUCGGUGCUGGGUCAGAUCUGCAUGUCCAGCAGUGUCAGCUUCUACACCCUCAACGCCAUAUCUCUGGGUUUCGUCAGCUUUGGUUUGCUGCUCGCAAUGUGCCUGCCGUGGCCCAAACGCUCCUUGUUUUUCAACCAGAUGCGCAAUCAGGAGCAAAAGGAACUGGCUGCGUCGGGAGCCACCAAAUCAGAGCUGGACAAAAUGAAGCCUAGAGAGAGCGAGUCGUCCUCGGCCGCACCUGCGAGCUCUGUGUCGCGCUGGAAGGAUUCUCUCUUUGUGCAGAUGCUGCUGGAGGUGAGAAACGUGGUUAAGAGGCCCAACCUGAGGCUCUGGUCCCUGUGGUGGGUGUUCAACUCUACAGGGUACUACCUGGUGUUGUUCUACGUCCACAUCCUGUGGAACAAAGUCUACCCAGCCACUGAGAACAAGAACAUUUACAACGGAGGAGUGGAGGCAGCUUCUACCUUACUGAGUGCGUUGACGUCCUUCAUAGCGGGCUUUGUUAAAAUCCGGUGGAACAUCUGGUCUGAGCUGGUUAUCGGUAUCAUCACAGCGGUGCAGGCCGGUCUCCUGAUCCUCAUGGGCACCACAGACCAAAUCUGGGUCUGCUACCUCGCCUACGUCCUCUUCAGAGGCUUCUACCAGUUCCUGGUCCCUAUUGCCACCUUCCAGAUCGCUUCGUCUCUCACCAGGGAGCUCUGUGCGCUGGUGUUUGGCAUCAACACCUUCCUGGGAACCAUACUGAAGAGCAUCAUCAACCUGAUAUUUUCUGAUAAGAGGGGCCUGGCACUGGAUGUGCACUCUCAGUUCCUGGUGUACUUCAUUUACUUCGUCAUUCUUACUGUCGUCUACCUUGUCUGUGCUGCUGUGGUCAUCAUCCGUCACUAUAGAAACCAGGGUGGGGCAGGAGGCGGGGCUGACGACCAGGCCACCGCCACAGAGCUCAGUCCUGUGGUGGUAAAUUCGGAGGCAGAACCUUUGUCGAACGGCAAAAGUGCCAAAGCGUAACGUGAAGAGACGUGUUAACUGUUUUCCACCGAUUUCUUAUCUUACCGAGACCCAAGUGUUUAAUGAGCUGUUCAGACUCAGCGGGAUCAGUGGUUUUAACCCUCUGAUGUUGACUGAGAGGUUUGUUCAGUGUUAGCUGCCAGGCCUUAAAUCUAGAAGUGCCUCCUCUGCUACAUAAAGUGACCGGCUGCAGGCGUCCUGAGAUGGUUUUGUGUUUUCUGAUGAUCGGAUGUGAUUUGUCGAAACUGUGAGAAGGCGAUAAAAUUCAACUUUUUUAUUUAAAGCAGAAUAGUAAAGUGGCACGAUGCUUCAGUAUUGCUGAAAAUCAUCUUACAUACAGUGAGGGACCAUUAAUGUAAUGGCCGAGAUUAUGCGUUUUAUACAGAAAAACAAACUGUCCUCUUUGAGUGGCAGUGGUUUUCCCUCAGUGAUUACUGUGUGAUCACGAUAAAUGACUUUAGAAUAUGCUGCAUUUUUUGGCUCAGUGAACAUCAUCACGACACUGUUUUUUAUCAGUGACACUCCUAUUGUACUUUAUGUUACAAUUACUGUGUUAGUGCCAUUUGAAAAGUAAUUGACCACAUCAGUAUAAUUUCUUUUAAUCACAUUUUCACACCACGUUGCUGUAAAAUCAGAUUAUGAGCGACACCCUUGUCCACAGCCUUUGUAUCAGUUUGUUAUUUGAAGCUGUAAACUGAUGUUUUUACAGUUUAUUAUGAGACGUGAUUUAAAUUUUAUUAUUGAUGUAAAACUACUACAUUUGUAAGGUAGAAGCAGCAGCAUCAGAGUAUUUGAAAUGAUUCUUAUUUGAUACAUUGAAACAGAAUGAGUUGCUUAGGAGAAAUUAUAUUUGAAAAUAAUGUUAAUAGACAUUAUUACACAGCUAUACUGACUAUUAUUCUAAAUGCACAUGACUGAAUUUGGUUAUUUAACCAUGUGAUAUUUCAGUUUUUAUCUGAAUUCCAAGUUUCUCAGUUAGUAGUCCUGCUGCUAAUUUGUGGCCCGUGGCCUGUGAGUUUGUCUGGCAGCCAUUUUGGUGAACAAUGAGCCACCACAAAAGGCUCUGACUCCUAAAACCAGGUUGUCUUCAUUUUGGGUCAAAGCACAGCUACUUUUACAAAGACCACAGGAAGUCCCGGUCUCAGGCCUGUAGGGCGUAGGAAUACAGUGUUACUUACAGGUACUAUAAUUGAAACACUAUGUUUUUAAAUGUCCUUUAGGUUACUUAAACAACAACAACAGACAAGUCAGGAGAUGUAGAAGUAUUUCUUCAGUAGACAACAGGAGUUUCUGUUGGAUUAGUCGCUGAGAAAUGAUGUAACUGUGAAUCUGUGCGAAUGCUGUAAAAAGAAAAACUGACUUUAAUCAGAUGUUUAUUUUGUAUUCACAAAUAAAUUACAUUUGGCGGA